AUGCACAUUGAAGCAGGAGUUGCAGGAGCACCAGGAGACGCAGAAGUCGUGGGAGCAUCAGGAGUUGCAGCAAUAGUAGGAUACGCAGGAUUAUUUCGUUUGUUAACUUUUCUUCUGUUAGAAGCAGGAGUCGAGGAAGCAUCAGGAGUAGCAGGAGUCGUAGGAGCAUCAGGAGAAGCAGGAGUCGCAGCAAUAGUAGGAUACGUUGGAUUACUUCGAGUCGCAGCAGGAUUAUUUUGUUUCUUAACUUUAUUUCUGUUAGCAGCAGGAGUCGCAGGAGGCGCAGCAGGAUUUUUUCGUUUGUUAACUUUAUUUCUGUUAGCAGCAGGAGUCGCAAGAGCAACAGGAGUCGCAGCAGGAUUAUUUCGUUUGUUAACUUUUUUUCUGUUAGAAGCAGGAGUCGCAGGAGCAUCAGGUGACGCAGAAGUCGUAGGAGUAUCAGGAGAAGCAGGAGUCGCUGCAAUAGUAGGAUACGUAGGAUUAUUUCGUUUGUUAACUUUUUUUCUGUUAGAAGCAGGAGUCAAGGGAGCAUCAGGAGUAGCAGGAGUCGUAGGAGCAUCAGGAGAAGCAGGAGUCGCAGCAAUAGUAGUAUACGUAGGAUUACUUCGUUUGUUAACUUUUUUUCUUUUAGAAGAAGGAGUCGCAGGAGGCGCAGCAGGAUUAUUUCGUUUGUUAACUUUAUUUCUGUUAGCAGCAGGAGUCGCAAGAGCAACAGGAGUCGCAGCAGGAUUAUUUUGUUUGUUAACUGUUUUUCUGUUAGAAGCAGGAGUCGCAGGAGCAUCAGGUGACGCAGAAGUCGUAGGAGUAUCAGGAGAAGCAGGAGUCGCUGCAAUAGUAGGAUACGUAGGAUUAUUUCGUUUGUUAACUUUUUUUCUGUUAGAAGCAGGUGUCGCAGGAGCAUCAGGUGUAGCAGGAGUGUCAUCAAUCGCAAAAGUUUUUUGUUUAUUAGCUUUUCUUCUGUUAGAAGCAGGAGUCGUAGGAGCAUCAAGAGAAGCAGGAGUCGCAGCAAUAGUAGGAUACGUUGGAUUACUUCCAGCAGGAGUCGCAGGAGCAUCAGGCGACGCAAAAGUCGAAGGAGCAUCAGGAGAAGCAAGAGUCGCAGCAGUAUCAGUAGACGCAGGAUUAUUUCGUUUGUUAACUUUAUUUCUGUUAGCAGCAGGAGACGCAAAAGUCGUAGGAGCAGGAGUCGAAGGAGCAUCAGGAGUAGCAUGA